UCUGAUUUAUAUUUCAGUUUAAAUUUGUGGGGCUAAAGAAUUUCCCUUGUACCCCUGAGAGCCUGUGUAAGAUGCUUUCUAUGGAUUUCCCUUUUGAGGUGGAUGGACUUCUCUUCUACCACAAGCAGGCUCACUAUAGCCCCGGAAGCACUCCCUUGGUGGGCUGGCUGCGCCCCUACAUGGUGUCAGAUGUCCUUGGCGUCUCUGUGCCGGCUGGCCCACUAACCACCAAGCCAGAAUACGCUGGGCACCAGCUCCAGCAGAUUAUUGAGCACAAGAGGAGCCAGGAGGGCACGAAGGAGAAACUCACACACAAGGCCUCUGAGAAUGGGCACUAUGAGCUGGAGCACCUGUCAACCCCCCAGCUGAAGGGUUCUCCCCGUAGCCCUGAGCACACUGGGAGCCUCAUGGAGAACUAAAGAGGGCAGCCUCGUUUUAGGAAUCACAGGAUGGUACCUGGCCCCAGAAGGAAGACUGGGGAAGGAGGACAGUGACAACAGGUGACUUCAUUUUAGAGUGGACUUUCCAAAGCCACUCUAGCUUACCUCCUGUCUGAAAUGCUGGCUCUAAGAACUGGGGGGCAGUCCCAGAUGGGGUGGCAUUCGGAUUGAUUGGAACAGCUCCUUCCUUGACAAGUGUAUCCCAUAUCUACAAUGUAAAUAUACGUAAUUCUUAAGAA